AGAGUCGCUCCGCCGGUCUAAGCUACAGCAGGUCAACAUAUUCAGUGCGAGAGGCGGGCCUGAUGAGCUGUGGACUCGGUGCCGCGCACUGGUCGUGAUUCCAUCGGACGCACAAGACAUGGUGACACGUGGAUCGUUGUGGGCGAGAGGACCCGCCGGCCGCCGGGUGGAUUAACGGGCCGUCGCGUGGGUGUGUAUCGGCGUCCCGGACCGCUCCGCAACCCCCCUUUUCACGUCGGGACCUGGCGAUGCGCUCUGUAGAGGAAACGGGAUUUUGCAGAGACAUCCGGAAAACGCAUCCAUGCGCCACGGCUAGACCUCAUCCCGAUAUGCCUCUGACAUCACAAAGCCUGCUCUCAAGGAGCCCCCGUGAGAAACCACUGGCGCAAAGCGGCAUGGGUGCGUCAACGCGGUUAUUUCGCUUCAUUUUGCGGGCGAGGCUUUGGAGCGCAGUUGUGCAAUGAGACAAUCGGGAAUCGUCAAGUAGACUUUAUCGAUAGGCUACAUAACUCGACUAAAUAUGGCUGAUCAGAGCAACAUCCAGUCCUCCGCCUCCAAGAGUAUCCGGCCUUUUAAAUCCAGCGAAGAAUACCUGUACGCCAUGAAGGAGGACCUGGCGGAAUGGCUGAACACCCUGUACGAUCUCGAAGUCACUGCGGACAGCUUCAUGGACGGGCUGGGGACGGGCUGUGCCCUGUGUCGGCACGCCAACAACGUCAACCGCGCCGCGCAGGACUUCCAGCUGGAGUACCCGGAGGCGGCGCAGUCCAUGAAGGUGCCGUCGAAAGACGUCGUCUUCCAGUCACGCAACGUCGUCACCGGCUCGUUUGUGGCUCGGGAUAAUGUGUCCAAUUUCAUCAGCUGGUGCAGACAGGAGCUCUGGAUCAAGGACGUGCUCAUGUUUGAGACCAACGACUUGGUGGAGAGGUGCAACGAGAAGAACUUUGUGCUGUGCCUCCUUGAGGUCGCGCGACGCGGGUCCAAGUUUGGCAUGUUGGCCCCCAUGUUGAUCCAGCUGGAGGAGGAGAUCGAGGAGGAGAUCCGGGACCAGGAGAGCCUGCGGAUCGAUGCAGGGCAGCCGGCUGAGCAGAGUCCGCCCAGCAGGUGCUUCAGUCGGAAGGAGAGCAGUCACAGUGUGGAGGAUGAAGAUGAUGACGAAGAAGAAGAAGAUGAUGAUGAUGAUGAUGAACCUGAUCCAGAGCCGUUCAUCUGGCCGCAGAAGAGAGUUUUAUGUGACAUGAGAAAUCUGGAUGAAUUGGUGCGUGAGAUUCUGGGCCGGUGUUCCUGUCCCGCUCAGUUUCCCAUGGUCAAGGUGUCGGAGGGGAAGUACAAAGUGGGAGACUCCAGUGCAUUGAUCUUCAUAAGGGUCCUUCGUACUCAUGUGAUGGUGCGUGUUGGAGGGGGCUGGGACACAUUAGAGCACUAUUUGGACAAGCAUGACCCGUGUCGCUGUGCUGCUUUUGCCCACCGCUACCACCAGGCGAAAGCCAGUGGCCAAGGUCAGGGAGCCCAGAGCAAGUCCUCGAGCGCCCACUCCUCCCGCUCCACCAGCCCAGGUCCACACUGGCGAAAUGAUGGCAUCGCACCGCACAAACCUCCUGAGAGGCCCGGCCGCUCUCAGAACCCGUCUGUCCCCACCGAGCUGGACUCCGGUGUAGCUCGCAAUCUACUCCCACGUCCGCCACGAGACCGCUCAGAACCCCGCCACUUUAAUCCUCUCAGGAAUAAGGAAACAAAGUUGCCAGCGACAAGACGUCUGUCUGGAGAUAGUGACUCCUCAACAGCCUCCUCUAAAGGAGGAGGAGGAGGAGGAGGAGGAGGGCGUUUCUCUCUGGGUGGUGCCUCACGGCGCUCUGGUGAUGAGGUGGUCCUGCUUGUUAAUCGCAAGGAGGGGAAGCAUGUGAUUGAGAGGCCUAGAGCUGGAGAUCAGACCCCAUCCCUGCGCCCCUCACUGCCCCGUGCACGCAGCCAAUCUCGGGAACGUACUGCUCUGGCUCCGAUACUCAAACCGAACCCACCACAAGGAUCCGCUGAUGGGUCGCGAACUUCCCGUACAGAGAGGGGCCGCUCCGUUGGAAACGAGGGCCAAAGGAGGCUCCAUGGUCCACGUUCCCACAGCCAGAGUAAGUUAACUUCCCGUACUCGGCCCAGUGAUGCCAGCCCGGGACCCACUCCCUGCUACAGAGACCUUCAGCCUCCACCUUCAGACAGACGAGAGGAUCUUCGGGCCAAACAAUUACCCCCAUCCUCUCCCAGGAUAGGCGGUGGGUUCACCAAGAGGCAGUCGUCCUCCUGCUCUAACUCACCUAUUAAAGGGGUUCAGAACAACAACAGCAGCCCCAGCAAGAAGGUUAUAACUACUCCCAGACCUCCUGCUCCUCGCUCACCCUCCAUAGGAAAAGGCAGACUUCUGCCACCAGUCACUUCGGGAGGUCGACGUUCACCUCACUCAACUCCCCGCAACUCUCACCAUCAUGCUGCCCGCUCCCCUCGGACGUUACAGGGCCCUCGCUCUGCUGGGCGAGGCCACCAUAGGAGCUGGUCUGGCCUGGAGCGCCAGCAGCCCGAAGAGGAAGUACUGGGCCUCGGUUUCCAGAAGCUGCCAACCCUAGACCCUCAGAAGGAGCAGGACCUGUAUCGCAGCUUUGAGGCUGAGUUUCUGGCCAAUGCACAGCAGGCUAUAGGAGUGUCUUGUAGAGCCCCAGGAGUGCCGCUGCAGGGAGCUGGGGUUCAUUCAGUGUCAGCACCCAUUGACCCUAAUGUCACUGACUCUGCCUAUUCCUCCUCUAACUCCUCCACCUCCUCCCUGAAUGUGGGGGCAAAGAUUGGAACUCUGCCUGACCUCAGAGAAUCCAAGAGAACUAAUCCCCGUCACCUUCCACCGGAGGACCCCUUAAAUUUACUUUAUACACACAAUUUUGGAAGUUCACACAACUUUGGUCAAGGAGAGCCUGAGCACUGGAGAGAGCGUGGAGGGGGUCUCAAGAAGCUCCCAGCCAUCUCUAGCGCCACCGAGGACAAGGAAGCUCCAUCUUCCCUGCCGGGUCUUGGUGAUAGCUUUAUGAAUCAGGUCCCCUCACAACCUGCUUUCCACUGUAGGAAUUUGAAUGGAGACCAUGGAGGUUGUCCUCCCACAGGGGGGCUGACAGGUCAGCAGGGUCAGCUUGGCUGGGGCACAGGGCCUGAAGGAGAUGUUCCUCUGGAGAAUCACCAGCCAAACUUACCGUAUGACCUAGAAAAUGGUGACGGCAGUGAUGACCUCCCGCCCCCAGACGCAUGUCCAUCACCUGUGCCCCUUCCCCCCUCCGAGGACUGCUCCUUCCAGGAUUCCUCCAGUGAAAACUCUUCCAUGUGCUUCAGCCUUAGUGAAUCCCGCUCUGAAUCCCCCCCACCGUCUUCCCCCCUGGCCAACGGGGACAACAAUGGAGAAGGGCUGCAGACUAAGAAAGGGCCAAAGAAGGCGGACAGCGUAGCCCCUUUCUCCAAAAACAAACUGAGUGGCAGAAUGAGGCCUCGCACUGACAACAGGCCGGAAAACAGCCCCUCGCGUAUCCCGACCCCGGUCAGCUACAGAGAUCUGCAGGCUCUAGACACAUUUUCCCCAAACCACACGCCACCACUGUCCCCUCAGAGCUCGCGCUCUACUGGUCAUCCAGCCACAUGCAAGAGCCUGCACCAGGCCUUCGCAGAUAUGAUCCAUCCUCAACCGCGUUGCCCAGCCAUGGGCAACAAAGAUUGUUCCUACCCUGGACAGUCAGGCAGCCUGGACACUGAAGCUUGGAUGUAGCACGGAUAAAAUAGGGACUUGUUUGUCAUGAACUUUGACCACUGUGUAAAAAAAGACUUUGGGCUAUAGACUGUUUUUAUUGCAUGUCUAACACCUUCUUUUUCACUUAGUUUUUCCCCUGAAAAACUGCAGGGGGUUCACAUUGCUUUUAUGUUGCACUCAAGCCAAAUUAUUUAUUACCAAAGGAAUGGUUUUGUUAUUACUUUUACUGUCAUUUUAAUGUGUGCAUGGGGAUGUGUUUGCCUAUCUCAAAGACGCUCAUGAAAUGCUCAUGGUUGACACAGAGAGAUAAAGAGAGAGCAUAUGUGCUGCCAUGUGCCCUGCUGAGGGGCAUGGUGAAGUGCCAGGGAUUUAAAGCUGCAACUCUAUAAACAGUGUUAACACUAAACCUUUAGUCCGAUGGAUUGGCUCCCUCUUGUGGUUUGCCACUGUAUCUCUGCUUGCCUUGGUAGUCAAAUACUGGUACGACUGUGGUAUAUUCAGUCUCUCCACGUUAGUGGUCUUCAUAUAUAGACUCAAGUAUGCUUCAAUAGGUAACAUAAACAAAGGUAACCCCAUCAUUCCUCAGAACACUACAUGCACUACCAAUCUCUGUACAGGUGUCUGCUGUUAUUAAUGUAUGAUGUCACCUUUUCACAACAACUGAGAUAGAUGUUUGUUUUUAAAUGCUUAAUGUGCUACAGGUUUUCAAUAUCAUGUUUGAUGCAGUAAAAACAUGUCAACUUUCUUUCUACAAGUGGAUUAAGUGUAAAAAAAAAGAAGAAAAAAAAGAGAUGCAGUGAAGGUUGUGUUACUUUGUGUCAUUGUCACUGAAACAGAAAUGUUGGGAGCUCCUGCCCGGACCAAACUGUACUCUGGAAUACAAUGCUACACGUAUAGAGAAGUCAAAGGCCUGUGUGUAAAUACAUGUUGAUGUGCUCACUAAUAUAUGUGGGUAUUUUGUAUAUAAAAAAAGGCAUUGAAUAUACAGUUUAAUGUACAUAUUCACUGUAAUCAGUUCUGUGCUGCCUUAGCUAUGCAAUGUUGGUGUUGGAAAUGCCUUGACAAUUCCCUUUGCCUUAAAAUGUAUACGCAGGUUAGUUUUUGAAUGUUUUCGCUCAACAUUAUUAAGAUCUAUUCAGUAACACUACAUUGCCAUCAUUAUCUGUUUAUGAUAAUGGGAAUUGGAGAGUUUGAGUGUGAAUGUGGAUAUAAGUGAGGAACAUUGCCAAUUGGAAUCAUACAUUAUACUCGAUGUACAAUUCAUGAAAAGAUAUAUAAUUUAUUGCCUCGGCCCUCAGUGGUUUUGAAAUACAGGAAGCCAGAUAACCUACUUAGCAGAUGGAUUUCAAAUGCACAGCAGACGACAUGGUGACAUCUUGUGGUUAAAGAAAGACCUGUUUUCUUCAAAGUACAAGGAUACCGUUAUCAGUGGUGCUUAGUAGUGCCAAUAACAACAAUAUUAUAAGUCGAGGUUUGAUGGAUGAAUAAUGACCGUGAGUGUCUGAAUGUGUGCAUCAUUGCGUGAAUAAUAGAUACUGUAACUGGAUAUUAACGUUCUCUUGUGAAGCUCUUGCUCAGUUGUCAAGACUUUAAGAGGCCAGACCCCGGCUACAGUACUUUUGUUUUUGGCAUUUAACAGGUGUGCACUUUGUAAAAUAUAUUUGAAAGUGGAACAGUUUAAUUUGAUGCCAAUUAAGAUGAGUAGAUGGCCAUUUAAAAAAAAAAAAAAGUGUUAUUGACAAUGGGUUUAAGAAAUGCAACAUUUGUGGAUGACAUUGUUUUGCAGGGCAUUGACACAGUAAAUUUGUUUGGAAAAAAGAAUGUGCAUAUAUUUGUGUACAUACAGUAUGAUAUUAUGUACAGAGUUGGAGUGAAGAAGGGAGUGAUGUGGGUCUAAUUUAUUUAUUUAUGAAAUUAAGUUUCAUUGGGCUCAAACGAUAUCUAUCUUCCAAUGCUGUUGAAUGAGCUGUAAGUGUUGAGGGAAAGCUAAUGGGGCCCACUGCUGAACAAACAUCGGGCAUUUAAAAAAGAUCUUCUCAACAGUAUACCAUAAAGAGACAUAAUACAUUAGAAACAUUGCCAGUUUUAAACUGGUAUGAAACAGACAAACUAAACAUAAUUGUACUGUUUUACAACACAGAUACAGUAAUAUGAUUUAAUGCAGACUCCUCCUUGAAAUAAUGUAUGACGUGUCAGUAUUGUAAGAGCUACACAUGUAGCUCGUUAUCACUUUCACCUUUAUAAACAGAUUUUUACAUGUAUCCUAAUUAUUUUACAUUUUAAUUGGGUUUGGCUUAUUUGACGACAUUUUGAUUUUGAUCAACUAGUCUUUAAAAUUGACCACUUAUGUGAACUGUGACUUCAUUUGGUUAUCAAUCACAAAAGAGAAUGAUUGUCCUCAUAAUCUGCUCUUUGUCUUGCACAAUUUAGAACAUGUCAUGAAUCUCUCUCACUGUCUCGAUCCCUAAUCAGCGGAAUCUGAAUGUUCAAGAUUUGACAAUUUCUUGUUUGCUAAUGUUACUUUUCACUACAACUUCAGUUAAAUGUACAGGUUUCUUGACAUUGUGGAAUUUGUAUGUAUGAAAUAGCAAUACUGCAACAUU